AGAGUGGAAGUGCCCGUAAGGACAUAUAUACCAAUGGACGAGAUGGGGGACGAAUGUAUUCGAGUUGAAGUCGCUUUCGAGAACAAAAUUCAUAUAGUGAACGAUGAAGGCGAAAUUGUAAGCAAAAGAUUACCAGAUAACUACGUGAUCUCUGAACCCCUAUAUACCGAGGAAGACCAAAAGGGAAACAACCAAGAACUCGACGAAUGGCUUCCAAUUACAGAAUCGAGAAGAGGGAAUUCAUGGACAUCCACUUUUCAUUUGAUAUGUUCCGGAAUUGGAACCCAAACGUUGUCUCUCCCUCUUGCCUUCGUUUACCUUGGCUGGAUUUGGGGUGUUAUUUGUUUGUCUGUGGCAUUUGUGUGGCAGCUCUACACCAUGAUGUUGCUAGUUAGCCUUCACGAAUCCGUCCCAAAUACUCGUUAUAGCAGAUACCUUCAACUUUCCAUGGCAGCCUUUGGUGAUAGACUCGGGAAACUUUUAGCCAUAUUCCCAGUAAUGUAUCUUGCAGGGGGCACAUGUGUGAUGUUUAUAAUUACAGGAGGUGGAACCUUGAAGCUUUUUUCUCAACUUUUCUGUGAAGAUUGUUCUUCCAAACAUCACUUAACUACAACAGAAUGGUUUUUGGUUUUUACUUGUUUAGCCAUUUUUGUGUCCUUCUUUUGUCCAAACUUGCAUUCUGUUGCAUUGGUAUCGUUCCUGGGAGCGAUCAUGGCCAUUGGAUAUUGCACCAUUUUAUGGGUAUUUUUAGUUGCUAAGGGCAGAGUAGAUGACACUGUAUAUGAUCCCUCAAAAGCUGUCACAUCUAAUGUUGGUCAAAUCCGAGGCGUAUUGAAUGCACUUGGGAUCAUUGCCCUAGCAUUUAGAGGCCACAAUGUGGUCUUAGAGAUACAGGGCACCAUGCCAUCAAGCCCAAAUCGUCCAUCAAUGAGGUUAAUGCGAAAAGGAGUGGCAGCUUCAUAUGCAAUUAUCGCAGCGUGUUUCUUUCCCGUUGGAAUUGUUGGAUAUUGGGCCUUUGGAAACAAGUUUCCUACCAGCGGUGGAAUGAUAAUGGCCCUCUCAAAGUCCCUACUCCACAAGACAUCAAAACCAGUGCUUGGUCUCAUUUACUUGCAAGUUUGCUUAAGUUGUUUGACUGCUUUCCAAAUUUAUAGCAUGGUUAUCUAUGACAACAUGGAGCAUACAUAUGCGGAUAUAAAAAAGAAGAAAUGCCCAAAACUGGCCAAAAUGGGAUUCCGGAUUUUUUUUGGAUGCGUCACUUUUUUUAUAUCAAUGGCAUUCCCUUUUCUACCAAGUCUGGCAGGAAUCAUCGGAGGAAUUGCGCUGCCUUUGACAUUCGGGUACCCAUGUCUUAUGUGGCUUGCCAUCAAGAGACCACCAAGAAAAUCUUUAAGGUUGUGGCUUAACCUCGGACUUGGUUGCUUAGGCAUAGGGUUAAGUGUAGUAGUAAUUGUAGGUGCAGUGUGGAAUUUGGCUUGUAGAGGUUUAGAUGCCAACUUCUUCCAUCCACGUUGACAAAGGUCCGGUUCAAGUUAAGUGACAGAAUCAUGAAUUUUCAAAUCUAGGCUUGAGAAAAAACAAAUAUAUGAAAUGAA